GGGGCUUCACGAGGGGCGGUGGGAGCAGCGGCCGCGUUCCCCCGUUCCUCCUCUCCCCCCUCUUCCCUCGCUCCUCCCCGCCAUGCGGCCGCGGCGGCUCUUGUGGCGGCUGCGCGCGGCGGUGGUGGCCGCGGUGCAUGCGGGAGCGUUGCCAGGAUGGCUUGAUAGUCGAAAACAUGCACGAUCUGCCUUACACAGUGCACCCUGGGCCUGAAGUGACAGCCGCAAUGACUAUGAUCAGCGCUGCGGUGAGACGGAGCUGCCCCAACCUCGUGCUGGGCGUCCAGGUCCUGUGCGCCGCAAACCAAGAGGCGGUAGCGGUUGCUCUUGCUGCAGGUCUUGACUUUAUCCGGGCAGAAGGGUUUGUGUUUUCUCAUGUUGCUGAUGAAGGAAUUAUAAAUGCCUGCGCAGGGAACCUGCUACGGUACCGAAAACAAGUUGGAGCAGAGAACAUUCAGAUUUUCGCUGAUAUUAAAAAGAAACAUAGUGCUCACGCGCUGACGGCAGACAUCAGCGUGGCCGAGACGGCGGUGGCGGCAGAGUUCUUUCUGGCUGAUGGGGUGGUGCUGACUGGCAUGGCAACCGGAUUGCCCGCUAACCCCCAGGAGCUAAAAGAGGUCAAACAUGCUGUGAAGAUUCCUGUGCUGGUUGGCUCUGGAGUGACGCUGGAGAACGUGAGGAAUUACUUGGAUGCAGACGCUCUGAUAAUUGGUUCAUAUUUCAAGAAACAAGGUUAUUGGGCAAAUGGCGUUGAUCCUGACCGAGUAAAGAGAUUUAUGGAACACAUAAGUCAACUGCGAGAAUGAGUUUGUCAGCAAGCAGGAUUUGUGUGUGUAAGUGCAGAACUGAAACGCAAAUGUGUGCUCAUAUGGCUGAUAACAUUAACUGAACACACACAGCAUCUCCGGAACCAGCUGGGAAACACAGGGACGCUGCACAAUAAACUGAUGCUCUGGUGUUUGUUUGCAGGCAGCAUGGUUCUGUGGCUCGCAAAGCCAUCACCAGUGCAAAGCCAGCUCUCCGAAGGCCACAUAACAGGUUCUGUCCUAUAGGUAAAAUGCUUAUGGAGUUUAAGAAUUUGAAGUAAAUAUUUCUCACAGGUGAGAUGAGUUUUGCUUUGCCUGUGAGUACAAUAGAAUGCCCUAAAUUUACAGCUAAGAGUAUUGUAAAUUGGACAAGUUAAUUAGCCUUUCAGUCUCCCCAUCUGUAAAAUGAUGAUAAUAGUACCUACAUCACACAGGGGUUGUAAGACAUAAUAAAUGAAUGAGUGUACGGCACUUUCAUCUCCUCAAAUGAAGGGCUCUAUUAAAGUUCAAGAUCAUUAUUUUUUCAUUAGAAUUGUGCAUUUAUUACAAAAAUGUAGUAAUUGCAUACCCAACAAAAGUUUAAGAUAAUUGGGAAAUUGAUUUACUUACAAUACUUAUUAGAGAAUAAAUGUAAAUAUUUAAUUACAUUUUAAGUAGAAUUGGAAUUUAGUCAAAAUGUUUUUGCAAAAAUUGGAAAUUUUAAUAAAGGUUUAUUGUUAUUUUUCA